AUCCGCAGAAGCUCUACGAGGAGCAGUGUGUCGCACUGCAGCCGGCUGGACCAGUUUGAGAUCCGAACACUCCUGAUGUGCUACCUCUACAUUGUGAAGAUGAUCUCUGAAGAUACUCUUCUAGCUUACUGGAACAAGUUCUCCCCUCAAGAGCUGAUCAAUGUCCUUAUGCUUCUGGAGGUGUGUUUAUUUCACUUCAGAUAUGUGGGGAAGAGAAAUAUUGCCAGGGUGCAGGACGCCUGGUUAUCCAAGCACACAGGAGCCGAUAGGAAAUCUCAAACGAUGCCAGCACUCCGCAGCAGAGCUGGGGGGAUGCAGGUGCGGCUCCAGCAUCUGGGCAGUUUGGAGACCUCCUUCACGCUCAACCACAAUGCAGGCACCUCAGAAGCAGAUAUCAUGCACCAGGCUUUACUGGAGGGCAAUAUUGCAACUGAAGUGUGCCUGACAGUCCUGGAUACCAUCUCUUUUUUCACUCAGAGUUUUAAGACCCAGCUUUUGAGCAACGAUGGCCACAAUCCACUCAUGAAGAAGGUUUUUGAUAUUCAUCUAGCUUUUCUCAAAAAUGGGCAGUCAGAAGCAGCUCUUAAGCACGUGUUCGCCUCUCUGAGAGCUUUCAUUAGCAAGUUUCCCUCAGCAUUUUUCAAGGGAAGGGUGAACAUGUGUGCUGCCCUCUGCUAUGAGAUCCUGAAGUGUUGCACUUCCAAGGUGUCCUCCACAAGGAAUGAAGCCUCAGCUCUUCUGUAUCUCCUGAUGAGAAAUAACUUUGAGUUCACCAAAAGGAGAACGUUUCUGAGAACACAUCUUCAGAUAAUAAUUGCAGUGAGCCAAUUAAUAGCAGAUGUGGCACUUAGCGGUGGGACAAGAUUUCAAGACUCCUUGCUCAUCAUUAACAACUUUGCAAACAGUGACAGGCCUAUGAAGGCAACUGCUUUUCCUUCUGAAGUCAAAGAUUUAACAAAGAGAAUCCGUACAGUGCUUAUGGCUACCGCUCAAAUGAAAGAACAUGAAAAGGAUCCAGAAAUGUUGAUAGAUCUACAGUACAGUUUAGCCAAAUCUUAUGCAAGUACUCCAGAGCUCCGGAAAACAUGGCUGGACAGUAUGGCAAAGAUACAUGUAAAAAACGGAGACUUUUCAGAGGCAGCCAUGUGUUAUGUUCAUGUAGCAGCCCUUGUUGCAGAGUUUCUGCACAGGAAAAAACUCUUCCCCAGUGGAUGCACUGCUUUCAGGAAAAUCACUCCCAACAUUGACGAAGAAGGUGCAAUGAAAGAAGAUGGUGGGAUGAUGGAUGUACAUUACAGUGAGGAAGUCCUGGUGGAGCUGCUGGAGCAAUGUGUAGAUGGCCUGUGGAAAGCAGAGCGUUAUGAAACAAUUUCUGAAGUUUCCAAACUGAUCAUUCCUAUUUAUGAGAAGCGGCGUGAAUUUGAGAAACUUACUCAGCUGUACAGAACACUUCAUGGAGCGUAUGCUAAGAUAUUGGAAGUAAUGCACACAAGGAAGAGGCUUCUUGGAACCUUUUUCAGAGUGGCCUUUUAUGGACAAACAUUCUUUGAAGAAGAAGAUGGGAAGGAAUACAUCUAUAAGGAACCCAAGCUGACGGGCCUCUCAGAGAUCUCCUUCAGACUGCUUAAACUUUAUGGAGAAAAAUUUGGGUCAGAUACUGUAAAGAUUAUCCAGGAUUCUAACAAGGUCAACAUUAAAGACCUUGAUCCUAAAUAUGCCCAUAUUCAAGUGACUUAUGUGAAGCCGUAUUUUGAAGACAAAGAAAUCUCUGAAAGAAAGACUGAGUUUGAAAGAAAUCAUAACAUCAAUAGAUUUGUAUUUGAAACUCCUUACACUUUAUCUGGAAAAAAGCAUGGCAGUGUGGAAGAACAGUGUAAAAAAAGGACUAUUGUAACUACUUUGAACUCCUUUCCAUACGUAAAGAAGAGAAUUCCAGUCAAUUAUGAACAUCAGGUUAAUUUAAAACCAAUUGAUGUCGCCACUGAUGAAAUAAAAGACAAGACAGCAGAGCUGCAGAAACUCUGCUCUGCUGGUGAUGUUGACAUGAUCCAGCUGCAACUCAAAUUGCAGGGCUGUGUUUCUGUGCAGGUUAAUGCUGGUCCCUUGGCCUACGCUAGAGCUUUCCUAAGUGACUGCCAGUCCAGCAAAUAUCCUACUAAGAAGGUGAAUGAGUUAAAAGAAAUGUUCAGGAAGUUCAUACAAGCCUGUGGAAUUGCUCUGGAGCUCAACGAGCGACUCAUUAAGGAGGAUCAAGUGGAGUACCACGAGGGUCUAAAAUCAAACUUUCGGGAUAUGGUGAAAGAGCUUUCUGACAUCAUCCACGAACAGAUCUACCAUGAAGAUACAAUGCAUUCGCCAUGGAUGCAUGACUCCCUACAUGUCUUCUGUGCGAUCAGCGGAACAUCUGGUGAUGGAAGUUACUGUUCACUCAGACCCACUGCUGAAAUAUAAACAUAUCAGUCAUGUUU